UGAGGUCUCAUGUUCAAAUGUUCAAUCCCGACAACGGCAAUAUGGAAGUUUUAUCUAAUAAUUAUGGCUCCUUAUGUGCACCUGGCACUACACCACCUCACUUCGAAAUUCUCUGAAAUGAUACAAUAAUUUACUCAUCCACCAUUUUGUCGGGGUAUAACAGCACCUAGUGACAAGUACAGUAAUAGGAGGGACUAGAGAGUGCCAUGAAAUUAAUAAUAAAUAAAUGAAAUGCUUCACCAUCACACUUUUAGAUGUUAAAUAACUCCUACUUAAUCAUACCCAGUCCUACAUUCUCAAAAUAGCCCUACUCCAACAUUAGACAGACUUUUCCACUCUCAUUCUCCGGCCUCACCGUGCAUGCAGGUGGCUGGUGGCUGGCACAAUGAAUAGACGGCAGUCACCACCAACAGUUGGUGGCGGCAAUGGCGGAGAUGAGAACACAGGCGUUGUGAAGAAGGGGCCUUGGACUCCAGAAGAAGAUAAGAGGCUGGUGACUUACAUCCAAAAGCAUGGGCAUGGGAGCUGGAAAGUUGUGGCUAAGCUGGCGGGGCUUAACCGCUGCGGAAAAAGCUGUCGCCUCAGGUGGACCAACUAUCUCCGGCCUGACCUCAAGAGAGGCAAGUUCACUGCGGAGGAGGAACAACUUAUCAUCAAGCUCCAUUCAGUCAUUGGAAACAAGUGGUCAGCCAUUGCAACACGGCUUCCGGGGAGAACAGAUAAUGAGAUCAAGAAUCACUGGAACACUCACCUUCGAAAAAGAUUGCUGCAAAUGGGUAUUGACCCUACAACACACAGGCCAGUAACAGAUUUCAACCUCAUCAAUGUCCUUGCAAAUCUAACCCAGCUCCUUGCUGUUGUUACCAACUCUGGAAAUAACAGCAACUUAACAACCAAUCCUGAUUGGGACAGUAUCAAUGCUCUCAGACUGUGUUCAGAUGCUGCCCAAAUAGUAAACCAACAUAACCUCAUGACACCUCUUCAAUUGCAACUGCAGAGUAACACCAUUAACAGUACUGCAGCAAAUGAAGCUCAAAACCAAAUGGUUGGACCCGCAGCUCAAAUUGGCGGUAUAAAUCAGAUUCUAGACCAUCUUGUGUUACUCUACCCAUCCAUGCCAGAGGUCCAAAUCCCACGUCUUAGUUUCAUCGCAAAUGAGACUAAUCAAGGGAAAAGCGUAAUGGACGUGUCUUCUUCUGCUUCAUCUUCUGUAAAAAUUCCAAGUGGUUUGGAUAUUCCUAAUAAUCCAAUACUUCCCACAUUAAAUUAUGCAUCAACUUUGCCUGAGCGUACAAGCAGUAGCAUUGAUUGGCCAACUGACAAAGAAAGGUGUUCUAUUCCGGGUUUCCCCAACCAUGUGACUGCAACAACUUUUGAAGCUUGGGGAGACAUUAAAAUGGCUGAUGAUGACGCGGUUGGCUCAUACUGGCAAGACAUUUUGUACCCAGCCAUGUCUCCAUAACCCAGUCCAUACCAGUGUUUUUUCUUGCU